GUAUACCUUUCUGACAUGGCGCCAGAUAUCAGUGCAGGUUUCUGUUGGCUUCUCUUCCUCUUCAUCGGGCUGUCAAAUGGUUCCGAUCCAUGUAAAAGCUACAUUUCCUUCCCCUUUCUCGAGAAGAGAAGCAUCAACUACACCCUACCGACAGCUGAUACACCGCUGAACGACUUAUACAUAGACGCAAGUAAUGAUUGGUUCGGCGAAGAAGGGUAUGAUCUGGUGUUAAGUUCUCCCCCACCGGGUGAUGGACGUUGCGGAACGUCGUAUCCUUUAUGGGUUCGAGAUACACUCCCUCUUGGUGGUAUGAACAAGACAGUUGAAGUGUGCAUGAAAGAUGGACCGGAACACUGUUCUACGUCGUUCACGAUAGAUGUAAAGGAUUGUGGUACGCUACGUGUUUAUCAGCUGAAGAAACCGCCUGUUUUUGAAGCAGCAUUUUGUGUUGAUCUGACAAACCCCACGAAACCAAGAACAUCAUUCAAAGUUAAGCCCACUGUUCACGUUGACGUGGAAACCGACACACACAACAAGGACCACUUCAAAUUCACAUGUACGUUUGGCAAGUCUCACGAUGACCUGUUGUACCAUGUCCUCUGGUAUGUUAACGGCGGAUUCAUAUAUUCCUUCCCUCCUAAACAUUGGUCAAACACGUUCGUUGAUCAUUCAGCUCUCACUGAAGACAUCUUAACCAGAAGUGGAUUCAGUACUCCUGGAUUCCAGGUUCAGUGUGCAGUGAAGGCAUCUCUGGGUGAGGGUUUCCCUGCGGGUGGAAGUAUCUUAAGUGACGAAAAGUUCAUCGGUAUCAAGAUUCCAAGUGGCACAGUGGUUGUGAAAGAAGGAGAGAGUGUGAUGUUGAACCUUACCCUAACAGCACCACUUGGAUGUGGAUCACGGUCAUACUGUUCGAUGGCAGUAUUUGUAGUCGCCAGGAAUCAACCAGGAUUGUGUGACCCCUCGGCCUUCAUCCCGACCCAGUGUGGUCUUACCAUCAAAGGAUCUUCUUGGCGCACACUUCAUCAUCUUGAAAUUAAAGGAAAAUUGACCUCGGGCUACAAUGCCAAAACGGCGUUGAUAAGGUUGUACUUGAAGACAGAUAACCUCGUAAUAAGUCAUCCUUUCUGGUCGAAAUACGAAAUUGGAAGCGUGGCGGUUCAAGUUGUAAAGGAAGCUGUUAUUAACAAACAAAGCGUCUGCCAUGCUGUGCAGGACCCGCACAUGAGAACAUUUGACGGAAGAUUGUAUGAAUUUCACCAGCCCGGCGUGUUUCUAUUGUAUAAACACGAUGAAUUGGAAUUAGAGGUUCAAAUGCAAGUAUCACAGUGUUAUCCUCCACGCAACACAGUGCAAUGUCCCUGUGGUAUAGCGGUUCGAGCUGGACAGACCAUAUUCCAUAUAGAUAAAUGUAACAGACCUAACUGGAGUAUUGACUUCGUGUUAUGCAAGGAUGGUAAAGACCUCAUCAAAAUUUUAAAAAGUGGAACUCAAUACAAGAUAUAUUUGCCAACUGGAUCCUACUUGGAUAUCAACGUUACUCCUACUUCAAAGUUCAUCAAUAUACAAAUAUAUCCUUCGUAUAACGAUCAUGGAAAGGUGUCUGGACUGUGCGGAACAUUUACCAAUAAGUGUGAGGAUGAUUUCAAGAAAAGGGAUGGAACCUUUGAAACGGACCCCAAAGCCAAACACGCAUGUGCCAAUGGAAACGCUUUGGACAGAUUUGACAGUUUCGCGUUUACCUGGAGGGCCGACGUGAAUCUGUUCAACCAUGACGAUUUCCAUAGAUUGAAACCCUGGACACCCCCCAUUCUGCUUUGCACAUGUGUCUACCACAACAGAUUCCCGCAGAAAUUGGUUGAAAAAGUAACAUGUUCAUCGGAAUUAAACAAAGAUGUGUGCAUCUUCAACCAACGCUUUCUCCCACCGCCUUCAUCCUUCAGGCAAUGCGCAAGUGAAACCAACAGAAGAAGGCGUUCCCCUGUUCAACGCCAAAUGUACCGAGAAAAAAGAGAUGCGGAGGACGCGGGAACACUGACAACGUGGACAACAGCUACAGCCACAACAUACUGUAACCAGCUGUUCAACAAUUCUCCUCCAAUAGCUGCUUGCAGGACUGUUGAGGGCGUGUCUAAAAUCAUAAAACAACACGAAGACAACUGUAUCAUGGAUAUAACUGCGAUCAAUGCAGUAGACUUUGCAACCCACUCGCUCGAGGCAGCCAAAUCUGAGUGCAUUCACGAAGUGGAGAUGAAUUCAACGUUGCAUACUGAGAAAACACCUGGUGUUCCUUCUUUCCUAAGCACUUUGUCUGCCAUGACAUGUAGUCACGAUUGCUCUGGUAAAGGGACAUGUCAAAAUGGUGCAUGCUCCUGUAACGAUGGGCUUGGUGGAGAUGACUGUUCCAUUGACAAGUCUCUACCUCCUGUUAUCGAUGGCAUUAGCGGAGACGGGUACUGCGAUCUGGCCUCAGAUGUCUGCAAUGAGACGUCGCUGCAUGGUCCAUAUUUUGACGAACAUGGACAACUGCAAUGCCGAUUUGUACCUUUCACUGUACAUGCUGAUGGGACACAAAAGACGGGGACGGUCAGCUACUCUAAACCCUUGGUCGAGAGCUUUGUGGAAGUCAUUUGUAUCCUUCCAAAACAACAACGUACGAAGCGCUCCCCGAGCUCUCAACCCCCCGAAGCCGAAUUAGCAGCUGGGUUUAGAAUCUCGAUUGCUAACUAUGGUGAUGUAUUCAGCGAUGAGAGCGUCCUGGUCAUGUACAACUCCAAGUGUCAGUACUGCAAUGUGACCGGAAAAGCUGUAGUUUGCGCUUUCACAAGUCAGUCUUGCAACGCCAAAGGCGUGUGUGUGAGCCAUGGCGACAUCCAUCCUGAAAAGCCCUGCUACGUUUGUGAUGCAUCCAGUUCUGUCCGAAAAUGGACGCUGAAAAGUGCAGAUGGUGCGUGUACAGCAACCACCACAGACACCUCCAUAUCCUUCUCACUGUGGAUAAUAGGAGCAGUGGUCGUCGGCCUUCUCCUAGCCGGUGUAGGAUGUUGCAUCUACAAACACGGAAAAAAGAAGAGUAGCAUCGGAGACAAACCAAGGGGCUCUGCUUUCAUGAUCAAUUUUUCAACAAGUCAAGUGGCCAGUAAAUAAGAGUCCUCACACACAGAUUCCUUUGAUAUAAUGGCUAUGUUCCAGUUCUCAUUCCGAAGAAGUCAUGUAUUUGACAAACAGUUGGAUGGACAAAAAUGUAUCUUAAUAUUGCCAGAUAUUUAAGGCUAUUGCAAACGUUUUGUAUCAAAGAUAUUUUUCCUCGGAGUUCUUUCUAAAUGACAAGCUGCGCCAUACUUGCAGUGUGGAAUAAUACCAUUAUGCAAUACUCUAUAUAGUGGAGUGGCGGUCGGGUAGCCUUGUGGUUAAAGUGUUCGCUCGUCACGCCGAAGACCCCGGUUCGAUUCCCGACAUGGGUACAGCCCAUUUCUGGUGUCCCCCGCCGUGAUAUUGCAGGAAUAUUGCUAAAAGCGGCCUAAAAUCAAACUCACUCACACUCACUCACUGUACAGUGGAUUGCAUAACAGUAUGACAAUAUUACAUUUACUUGUUUGUAAUUUUUCAGACGACCGCUGAUUAUUUUAUGCAUUGAGCAAAUGCAAGAUUUAAGUACAUAUUCUGUUAUUGCGUUAUUUUUUGUUUAUACAUGAAUUAUUUGUUUAUCAAUUUUCGCUAAUCAUGCUCAAUCAAUCCUUCACUUUUUACUAUGUCUGAAUGCCUAUGAAAGUAAUAAACUAAUCCCAGCUGGCAUAGAUUGUGUUCGCUUGCAGUGGGAACUCUGUAUUAAUUGUAUGAUACAGAGUAUCGAAUGAUAUUUCGUCCAAAUUAUACAAUCUUUACGAUCCUUGGGUUAUUUUAACAAUUUCAAUAAGGGAAUUUUGCUCCUCAUUUGAUCACGUAUACUGAUACUUAAGAUAUUAAUGCAAAAAUUCUACACUUUUAUCUGUUAAAAUCACGUAGGGCCAAGGUUCGAUUCUGCACAUAAUGUCAAGUAUAAUGUCAUAAUGUAUUUUCCCUUCCGCCAUGGUUCGGAUGAAAUGGUCGUAACACCUGGGGUAUUCAACUGUGAUCAUAGCUAAGACAUGUAGGAUCGACAAGAGAACAUAUACUCCUUCUGAAUGAUGCAUUUUCAAAUUGAGGAUGUUACGAGUUGAUCUCUAGAUCGUUCAUGGACCAAAACAUUAAAGAUGGUGUUGACACGAUCUUAA